UUGCUCAGGAUUGAGGAGGAGCUCGGUGAUGCAGCAGUCUAUGCAGGAGCAAAGUUCCGUGCGCCUGUGGAACCUUACUAGGGAUGUGACGCUUUCCUGCGCGCAUGUAGAACUUUACUACUGUUUUCUGAAUCUUCAGUUGAGAUGCAUAAAUUUUGCCGAUAUAUGGGUGUGAUGCCCUUGUUAUGCCAAACUUGGUUGUUUUGCUCUGACAGAGAAAUAAAUUGUAGUUUUGAGGUUGCUGUAAUAUCAGCGGAACCGUAAUUUUAAUGUUUAAAUCUAUGAAGUUUAUUUUGGCUACUGCUAUUCAAGUUA